AUGCCACUAAUCAUUGCACCAGUCGAACUACCUGACUUCGACGCAAUCAUCGCCCACGCCGACAUAUACGAACCAGGAGAUGACCUCGUAGCACCUCCAAACCCCGUUGCAUGGCCAGUCGCAACACAGGCUGAGGCGCAAGAGCGCCUUCGUCUGCUGAUGGGACGCCAACGACAGCGCUUCUUGGAGGACCCGACAGCAAGGUUCAUGAAAGUGGUCGAUGUAGCUGGAUCGUAUUCGCCCACCACAUCUGACGAUCCAAUGGAGCCCAUCUCCAAGUUCAUCCCGCAAGGCGACAUCAUCGCGAUUGCUCGAUGGCAUUCCUUUCCCAAAGGAUACUCAUUCGACUCCAUGUCCCACUGGGAAGUCGCCACUCUCCCACACAACCAGGCUGAAUGGCCACCGAACUUCAAUCAGCCACUCCAUGACUUCAUUCUCUUAUCGCGCGACCGCGCUCGCGCAUCCUGGAUUCCUGCUGGACAACCGGCGUGGGUACUGAUGCAUCUUGUUACGAGAUCGAGCCAGCGCGGACGCGGUGCAGCAGGAAUGCUUAUUCGGUGGGGAAUCGAGCAGUCAGAACGUGAAGGCACGCCUGCGUAUUUGGAGGCGGGCGUUCAGGGCAAGCCAAUAUAUGAGAAGUAUGGAUUUCGACAGGUUGGGCAGGGAGUCAAGCUGGACUUGAGCAGUGUAGGGAAGCCAGGUGUCGUAUUCGAGAUGGCUAACAUGGUGAGGCGACCAGGACGGUGA